AUGGGACGGCUGCAUACGUUUGUUGUGACGCUGAGACGGGAACGCCGCGACAUCAACUGGGGCCUGCGGCUGGUGGGCGGCGCGGACCUCGCCACACCGCUCAUCGUCACGAGGGUGACGUCCGGCACGCCGGCUGGUCGAGAACUCGCACGCGGCGACAUCAUUGCGAAAAUUGACGACUACGACGCACGCGAUUUACGACACGAAGAUGCACAAAAUCUCUUCAAAAACGCCUCUAACCAGAUUAAAUUGGUUGUGCAGAGGGGCAGACCGAGUACUCAGUUGUAUUCAAUGCCGCGCUCCAGCGGGAGCUUUAUAGGACGCUCGCCCACUCCCUCGUUUUACGAUCGCUUUGAGGAUGCGGAGCGCGAAGGUCCGCGGGACUCUACACUAGCGCCACGCUCGCCGAUAGUCAACGCCUCUGCACCUCCUUUCAGGACGCCCAGUCCGUUGCCCAGCGCGUGGCGUGGGCCGGAGUCCCUUCCGAGGAGCACGCCGGUGCCGCCGUACACGCAGUUCCCCGUGCAGCAUGAGGGUGAAUUCCGUACCGUUACACUGUCACCGCCCUCUAGCCGUAACGAUGAUGUCAUCGACGAGUCUAUACAGAGCCAGUACGACACGUCCGCGCUAACGGGUGCCACUAAAAUGGCAGUCAACCCCAAUUUUUUCCCCAACGGAUACCAGGACCCGAUGCAUCCUGAAGAAGAGGUCGUCACCAACUGGCCUUACCGCACGACCCCGCUGGUGCUGCCGGGCGCCAAGGUGCGGCGCGAGCCCGGCCCCACGGAGAGCUACCUGCGCCACCACCCCAACCCGGCCAUGCGCGCGCCCCCGCACCACGACUACCGCGACACUCUCAUGAAGCAGAAGGUUGCCGAGUCGGUGUUGCAGCGAGUGGUUGGAGAAGAAAGCAACAAGUUUGUACACAAACAGUUCAACUCGCCGAUCAAUCUAUAUUCGGAACAAAACAUCGCCAACUCAAUAAGGCAACAAACGACCCCCUUGCCCCACAAGCCGCCGGUGCAGUACGACCCCGCCAAGUCGGAGACGUACCGCGCGCUGCAAGAGCAGAGCGGCGGCGUCGCGCUCGAGGCCGAGCCCGCGCACACCAAGCUCUUCACAGCGCCCGACAAGAGGUCGACACCUACUCCGAAAGCAACGAAGCAACACGAGGUGAACUCCAAAGGAAAGCAAACGACCUUCGUGAACUCAUUACACGAGGAGCACAUCCAGCAGUCGAACUCAUUCAAGCGCCUCAUGUACAACGUGCUCGGCGAUACAGAGUUUUAG